AUGGUCACCAAACCGACAAGCAGCACCGCCGGCACUCCGGCCGUUCCGUCUCGAAAUGCCCUUCGGCUCCUACGGCGAUUAGCACUCGCUGGCUCGACGGUGGGGAGCUUCUGCACCGUGGCGGCGAUUACAUAUGAUAUGCACCGGAGGGUCCGCGUUGCAGAACGGAUUGUUGAGAAUAAGCGGGCACUGCAGACUUCCGCGCCGAAUUACGAUGCGACUUCUGCGGCGAGACGACUGGCCAGGAUGAUGGAGGCGGCGGAGGCGGGCGAGUUUAAUGGAUCUGAAUCGGUGAGGGAGGAUAGUCGGAAAUUGCAUGAUGGUUUUCAGGUUGAUUCUCCUGUCAAUGCGGGGUCGCAUGGCCUGGAGAUCGACCCUGCUAUUGAAGAGCUUAAGGCUCUGGAAAAGGAGGAUACAUUACCGGAGGCUACGCAGUUGGAUAGACCGGAUACUUACUGGCAAUACCCGAAGCGAUUACGAUUCAAAUAUACGAACAAAACGGGCUUUGGGAGUGUCGUUAAAAAGCCGAACACAGACCGAAUAGGCAUGAAGGAGCUCACGUCUUCAAUUGAGGAGGGAACGCCUGCCGCCCAGCAAAUGCAAAUCCUAUUGGAUCACGACCGGCCAAUCGAAGCCGCGCAAAUAUUCCUGGAAGCUCAUCCCGCCUCGCUGAAAGGUAUAUCGACAGGAAGAAAGGAGCUUGCGAAACGAGCAUUCUACGUCAAUUGCAACCAGGAAAACGUGUUCAUGGCAAGGAGUAUCUUUGAGCGGCUGGAGGAGGUGGAUCAGAACUCGGUCACGCCACGGAUGUGGAACGAGCUGUUAUUUGCGCUGGCGAAAAAGGGGUCCAUUGAAUCCACUGCAUCCCUCUUCUCUCGGUACCGGACUAAGUUCCGCCUUCAGCCUGAGAUGGUGGACAUUGUCCUCCGGUCCCUGCUUGAGUCCCACAGACUUGCGACUGCGAAAUGGCUUAUAAUGAGAAACUUGCAUGUGGAUCGUGACUGCGGGUUGUGCGGUGCAUACCUGACAGGUCUUUGGAAGAAAACGAGGAGCAUUGAGCUCAUGAACACACAACUGAUGAAACUAUUGGCUGCCUUACCAAAAAUAGACAAGCCGCCUACUGACAAGCUCUUUAAUCCCGUGGUCAAAGCAUAUAUCGAGUUCGGCCGCUUGGGUGAUGCCGAAGCUUUAGUACAGAAAAUGCUAACCACAUGUGAUCUGCCACUUAACUGUCGGACUAUGGGUUUGCUGGUGCACGGGAGGGCUCUGCGGUGCGAUUGGGAAGGUGUUGAAUAUGGAUUGCAAAAAAUGCAUGAUCUUGGAUUAACCAGACGACGGUUCGACUUUGUUCGGAUUUUCGAUCGCAUAUUUCUGGAGUAUUGGGUUUCGCAUUCGGGACGGGAGAUCCGUGAUUAUGUCUUCCGUUGCAUCGACAAAUUUGAUAUCGUGCCGGAUCGAGUCCUAUACAAACACAUUCUAGAGGCUUUCGUGGAGAAAGGAGAUAGGGAUAUGAUUGCCGAAAUGAUCGACAUGGCGCGUGAGCGAUCCUGGAAGAUCAAGGUCAAUGAAGAAGAAUUCCUCGAAACGUUACGGGCUCGACGCUUGGCACUUGAGGAUAGCCCGGUAGGAUUCUGGCAGAUGCUCCAAGCAGCGCGGAUACGACACGGCCAGGCGGCUGCAUCACAACAGAUACUUGGAUACGACCAGCGAUCCUUCCCGUCACCAGAAGUGAACAAGCUGCCCUUCACGCAGCAACCAAUGCCUUGGUACGAACGAUCACUUAAGGAGGUAACGUCGUCCAGGUCUGUCGAUCAGUACCAGAGGCUUCACAAGCAAAUGUCGCAUUUCAUGCAUGCAGGCAAGAUGGCGGAGGCUCUGAAAUGCUUCAACACUGGCAAAAAAGCAGGAUUCCACAUGAAGCAGAUUCACUUGGAACUGGCGGCAAUUGCAACCUUACUCGAGCAUGGCAUCACUGCCACGCGGGCCUUCAUCGAUGUUGAACGUCAAGGCCUCCCAGAAUGGUCCAACCCAAGAUUCUUCACUCAAAUUAUGGAGGUUUCCGGUACAGCAGAGAGCGAACAAGUGAAAAUGGCGAUUUUCCGAUUCUACCAACUCUGUUUGAUCAACAAGAAGAUGAACCUGAAGCACCAUAUCACAGUAGCCACCAGCCGGCGACUGAUCGUUCUGGGAAAGCCAGACAUCGCUCUUGAUCUCCUCACAACGGUUUACAUGUCACGAUACCGAGCUUUCGCAAAAUUUGACGGUAUAUGUCUGAAGAUGUUUAUGCGUGUUUUUGCCGAACUAGGGAGCCUUGCGGGUAUCCGAUGGGGUAUUUUGAGUGGUCUUGCGCGGCGUGGUCCGGUUACUUGGGACUUGGUUGUUGAGGCUCGUCGGGUAUUGGGUGCUUUGCAUCGGGAAUUCAGCGCUUCUCCGUCGCCAGCGAAAACUGAACAGUUGGAGUAUUUGGAUCACAUUGCCGAUCUGCUUGAACAGAAGAGUGAGAAGGAUAUCAGCAAGUCGGAACCCGAAAUAAAUCGCGAGGAGUCAGCACCAAGACAAGACAGACUGGACCGGCCUCUUGAUGAAGCAAGUCUCUAUCGGAAGGAGAAUAUCCAUGAUAUUCUCGAGGGAUGGGAUGAGAAGUACGAAUUGGAGUCUGUUUUGCUGACCAUGGAUAAGUCCGGGGGUGAAAAGAGGUCGAAUGAUCUGGGGCAGAAGAUACCUGCUUGUUAA